UAAUUUGAUCAUAACUCAGGGGUGGCCGUAAUUUACCCAUAUUUUUUUAAUAGUGCAUGGCUGGAUAUUUGACAUUAGCUGCUCAAGAACCUUCACAUGUAAAUUCCCUAAAGCCAGCUCAAAAUUAAUUAGCUUUAUAAAAAGACAUAACUCACAAGAAAUGUAUGUAAUACAACCAUCAAUUCACCCCUAACAAUAUAUCCAAGCAUGAAAGUUAAGGUUGUUAUCAGUAAGUUGAUAAAACCAUGUACCCCAACUCCUCCAAACCUUAACAAGUACAAGUUGUCUUUCGCAGAUGAGCGUGUCCCGACGAUAAACGUGGGCGUCGUUCUGUUCUAUCCACCGUCGUCAAAUAUUCGAAAACAUCGCUUGGAGGAAUCAUUGGCUAAAAUCCUCCCCGAAUUCUACGUUCUUGCCGGAAGAUACGUCAAGAAUGACUACGUCGUCGAUUGCGGUGAUCAAGGUGUUGAGUUCAUAGAAGCUGAAGCCGUCGAAGUGGAGUUGGUCGAUUUAUUGGAAAUCAAAGAAGCAGGGCUACUAAAUGAUCUCCUUCCGAGCAAAUUCUACCAAGUCGCCAAAUCUUCGGAAGAUCCGCUUCUGUCGAUCCAAAUCACGGAGUUGAAGCCAUGCGGCGGGCUUGUAAUAAGCGUCAGCGUUUGUCACAGAAUUUUCGAUACAUCUUCUCUAGGGACAUUCGUUGCCGCGUGGUCAAAUGCCACAAACGAUAACAAUCAUUCAAUCGGCAUUUUCCCGAGUUUCGAGUCGCCAUCGUUGUUUCCGGGGACGAAUCCGGACCAGGAUUCGUCGCCCAUUAGGACAACCUAUGAUCCUAAUAUUGUUGUCAAGAGAUUUUCGUUCGACAAGGAUGCGAUAGCAAUCCUUAGAUCGAAAUUAUCACAAGGGACAAAACAAAGCGCGAGAAUCUCUAGGGUGCGCCUGGUGUGCGCGGUCGUAGCCAAGGCUUUGAUCGGCGUUGACCGGGCGAAGCACGGAGGAGAAUCGAGAUCUUGCCUCAUGUCACAAGCGGUGAACAUGCGUGCGAGAACAAUCCCGCCUCUCCAAAAGCACUCUUGUGGGAAUUUGAUAUUAUUAUCACCCACGCCGUGCUUUAUUUCUCCGGCCGAAACAACAAAUAAUAAUAAUAACGAUAAUAGUGACGUCGUAAUCGGGAUCGAACAACAACUGGUUGAUAUUCUCGGUGAUGCUCUCGAUAAAACCAUAGCUGAUUGUGCCGAUAUGUUUUGUCCGGGUCGUUGGCGCGGUGUAAUGAUGGGCCCCUUGGAAGAUAUGUACGGGAAACUAAUGAGUGGGGAGGUUAGUUAUUCAAUCAUGUUUAGCGAUUGGAGUAAGUUUGGAUUCUACGAAGCCGAUUUCGGGUGGGGGAAGCCUGUUGGCGCAGGAAUCGGGACAGUGCCGGUUGAAAACAUCGUAAUACUAAUGGAUAACAAAGAGGGUGACGGAAUUGAUGCGUGGGUGCAGUUGAAUCGCAACGACGUGCCUCUCUUCGAACAAGACCACGGCAUCAAGUUAUAUACAAUAUGAUGUCGCAAACCGAAUGAGAUUAUGUAUGUUUUUUUUCUUCGAAUAUUGAAUUAAAUAAAUUUCAUUGUAAUGAUUUCAUUUGGUCGAUAUGUUUUUAUUGUUGAAAUUGAUUCGACAAUGUGUAAUGGUUUCGAUCACUUGCUACAUUGCUAUGUGUAACAUGCAUCUAGCACAUCUUAAUUGAGAGACUGUUUGCC